CCUCUGUUGCGCCCGCCGCCAGCCCUCUCCCUAGCUUCAGCUUGUGCGCACCGCAGGUGCAGGAAAGGAAAGAGGGCGUGAUAAAUAUGGCCCUCGUUGUCCUCGUCGUCGAUAAUUCCUUGGUCCUGGACGGCUAGAUUGAUACUCCAACGCGACUUGUACGAUCAGAUCAAAGCUUGCGAGCGAGGACAACCGGCAGAUCCAUGGACAAACACAUGCUUGCUGGCCUGCUGGCCGCAGCCGGCCUCCCCGAGCCGGCCGCCGACGCGCCGUUCCCCGACUCGUCGGAGCAGAUCUACAUCGCCCCCGUCGCGCUCCUCAAGAUGCUCAAGCACGCGCGCGCCGGGGUGCCGAUGGAGGUGAUGGGGCUGAUGCUGGGGGAGUUCGCGGACGAGUACACGGUGACGGUGGUGGACUUGUUCGCAAUGCCGCAGAGCGGCACGGGCGUGAGCAUGGAGGCCAAUGGAGGUGAUGGGGCUUCUCCACCGGCACAAGAGCCGCCGUAGCAGCUACCACCUUGACCAACUGGCAUCUCUUGGUCACUUUCUGCUCCCUUCAUGUGGCACUACUGAUAUCCUAUUGAUGAAGUCUCUACGGGAGAAUGAUCUGCUAUUGCAUGAAACGCCAUUAGUGUUUUAUUUAUUUAUGGUUCAUAUAACAAUUUAUUUUAUUAUGCCAA